AGACGUAAACGCAUCCUCGGCACCGGCGUGCCUCGGCCACCCGGGGCCCUGCAGCAACCCAGCAGCUGGACCGCACUGGGCCGAGCGAGCCCCGCCGGUCGCGGCGCCGGUGCCUACCCGUAGAGGUCGGGGAUCCCCUUCACGCCGCGCCCGGCGGCGGGGCGGGGAAGGGAAGGGACGGGACGAAAAGAAGGGCAGGGCAGGGGCGCGCUGGCUCCCGCCGCCGCGGCUCACUUCCUGGUUCCUCCAGGCGGCUGCCCCACCUCCUCGCCGAGCCAGCAUGCAAGUAUGGACAUAAUAGCCUAUGAUGAUUACUCCAGUCCACCGCUUCAGAGAUAUUGAACGGAAGCCUGAGUACCUGCAGCCGGAGAAGUGCGUCCCACCUCCGAGCCGCGCCGCCCUGGGAACCAUGUGGUUUAUCCGAGAUGGCUGUGGCAUUGCAUGUGCUGUCGUCACCUGGAUGCUGGUGUUCUACGCCGACUUCGUAGUCCUCCUUGUCAUGCUGGUUCCAUCAAGAGAUUAUGUUUAUAGUGUCAUCAAUGGCACGCUCUUCAACACCUUGGCUUUCCUGGCUUUGGCUUCACAUUUUCGUGCUAUGCUGACAGACCCAGGUGCUGUACCCAAAGGUAAUGCCACAAAGGAGUUCAUUGAGAGUUUACAACUAAAGCCAGGACAGGUGGUUUACAAGUGCCCAAAAUGUUGUAGCAUCAAACCUGAUAGAGCACACCACUGCAGUGUUUGCAAGAGGUGUAUUCGGAAAAUGGACCAUCACUGCCCCUGGGUCAAUAACUGCGUGGGAGAGAACAACCAGAAGUACUUUGUACUGUUUACAAUGUAUAUAGCACUGAUUUCCCUGCACGCUCUAAUCAUGGUGGGAUUUCACUUCUUGUAUUGCUUUGAAGAAGACUGGACAAAGUGCAGUUCCUUCUCUCCACCAACCACGGUGAUCCUCCUCAUCCUCCUGUGUUUUGAGGCACUGCUGUUUCUCAUCUUCACCUCGGUGAUGUUUGGGACCCAAGUACACUCCAUUUGCACUGAUGAAACGGGAAUAGAACAGUUGAAAAAGGAAGAGAGAAGAUGGGCUAAAAAAACAAAAUGGAUGAACAUGAAAGCAGUAUUUGGCCAUCCCUUCUCUAUAGCAUGGCUUAGCCCAUUCGCAACACCAGACCAAGGAAAAGCAGACCCAUACCAGUAUGUGGUCUGAGGAAUUGCUGACCAGCAUUGCCACUAAGAUAGCAACCUGUUACAGCACUACUGUUACAAAUUUGCCAUGAAUGUUGAAAACAAAAAGCAAAACAAACUUUUUUUGAUGUCUGUUAAAUGGCUGAUAAUUGCAGAGGGGAAAAAAAAAAAGCCCUGUGCUCCACUUUUAGGUAAUUCUCUCUCUGGCUGAAACUGCUGCUGCUUUUCUUUUCUCCUUUGGGUUUUGGUUGGUUUUUGGUUGGUUUUCCUUCCUUUCUUGUGUUUUUUAUUUUAUUUUAUUUUGUUGUUGUGUUGGUUUUGUGUUUUGGGGCUUUUUUUUUUUUGAAUCUUGUUAACUUUCCUGGCCUUUGUUUCUCUCUGCUUCCUGUAUGGCAUAACUAAUGUGAAGAGGGAUCCUCUUUCUCUGUUGUGACCCACCUCUUCUGAAUAGAUUUUCAUGCUGUCUCCUGACUGCGAUGAGCUCUGGGGAAGACAAAUGAGUGCCAACAGCCCUACACAGACACCUCUGGACUUCCUGAAGGAGCACGUUGCUCUUUCAUCACUGAACUCCGCUGGGGAAGCAGACACUUCACUUACCAAAAGGUGCACGACAAGAAGGUGACACAGCAAGGGAGCCAGUUGACCUGGUGAUCACAUCAAGUACUCAAACCUUGCCAGUUCCCUCCCCACCUUCUCUUUUUUUAACUUCCAGCCACAGCUGGAACUGCCAUCUUUCUGGCAUUAUUUCGUCUGUUCCCUCCCUUGUGGGCAGGAAACUGUUACCCUCUUAGGAUAACUGUGGCAGAUUUAGGAGGCACUUUGGGUUAUCUGAUGCCUUACCCUUGCAGGAAAGCAAGAAAGGAAUCUGGUUCUUUUCCAAGUGUUUAGAAGAGCAGAACCAUCUGGUUUGUGUGUGUUUGUCCUGGGGCAGGACUUGUUAGAGCAAUGCCUGCUGAGCAGUGGUAAACUGACACCAAUGCCCAGGUUACUCUGAGAUGCAUUUUGGUGGGGUGUGUAGGUCGAUACCAGGGGGACUGAGUCUGUAGCCUUAGCACUGCCCUGGUUUAGAGCUCUGUCAGUCUCUUGUUGUAUUUAUGCACACACCUUUGUCUGU